AUGAAGGAAAGCAGUGCUUCAAGCCCAACCGCUUCAAGCUGGGCUGUUGUUGCAACCCGUCUGAAGUCCCCAGCCCGGAGAUCUACAAAUGCCGCACCGGUGGCAGGUACAGUGGAGACUGCAAGUGGGAGUGUUGCGAGGCAGUUCGGUACGGAGAACGCAAGGUGUUCCCAGUCAUCUGCGGAGACGGUUGCUGCAAGCCUAGCGACCACGGAUGGCCGACACAGUGUGGCACAAGCUGGAAGCUGUCGCUGCAGGGGUCGGCUCCUAAGCUGUUUGCCGAAAGGAGCCACGCAGGAUCGUCAGAGCGGCGCGCGCUGCUGCUUGCACGGUGAUGGUGUGGACUGCUCUUGGCCUGGACAAGAUGAGCCUCGGCCUUGCUGUUUGUUGCCAAGCACCAAGGUCACCCACAACAAGAGUUUCAGCCAUGAUCCACAUGCAGUCUGUCAGAGAAACUCAUGUGUAGCUUACGUUCCAUGUGCUGGCACGGGAAGGGGCGUGCUGUGCAGCUCGCUAGACAAGCUUGUUUGCUGCCUGCGUGAGAGCAGUCCAUCUGCACAUGACCCAUGCCAGCUCAGCGAUGCUGAUUGCACUGCACGAUACUCACCUUGCCGCGUGACAGACCAGCAAGGGAUUGAUUGUGCAUCGCACAGCGGGAAAAGCAUUUGCUGCUUAUCAGAAGGCAAGGAGGCCGGAUCAUGUCGCCGGUCUGAGUCUGAGUGCGCAGCAUACUACUGGCAGCAGACGCGCAUGGUUGUCAUGGCUGUGGCCUCAUCGGUUGCAGCAAUCGUACUCCUGCUUGCGCUGUGCUGGCGCUGCUACAAGCACCUGCGCUUCUGCUAUCGGAGCUUGAUGGGCAACUUGGGCAACUUGGUCUCCCCGUUGCUUCUUCCGAGCGGCGACAUUGCUUCGGCGAGCCCAUUGAUUGACCAUCCCCGCCGCGUGCUGGUUGCCAUUUCAUGCGAGGCUUACUCCGACACGCCGUUUUAUCCACGGCUGACGACACCACAUGCAGAUGCGGAGGUCUUGGCGCAGCAGUGCCAGAGCAUGGGCUACGACGAGGUGCUUCCUGUGCCGGGCUCUACUGGGGCAGACAUCGACGCUGGCUUGCGCACAGCCGUCCAAAAGGUCGCUGGCACAACUAAGGCCCUGCUGGUGAUCUCCUACUCUGGCCAUGCUGUGGAGGUGGACGGCAGGAUGAUGUGGGCCCCGGAGAGCGCGAAUCAUGAUGACAUGGGGACCCAUUUCGACGCAAGUUGCUUGCAUAGCGCGGUUUGGCGCUACCCAGCCGGCUAA